CCCCUUGCAAGCCCUGUCCUUGCACCCCACCUCCCUCAGCACUCAGAACCGAGCCUGGGCCCAACUGGCUCAAGGAAAUACUGAACAGAUGAGGUGGACAAAGGAGUGACAGGUGCCCAGGACUGCAGGAGCAGAGCAUAGGGGGAGCCCAAUCAGGACCCUGUGAAUCGUCCUCACCCUGAGGGCACGUGCCUCUUAGGCCCACCCUACCCUGGGGAGAUACCUGGGCUUCUCCUUGCUAAGGGCUCCGCCUUUUUCAGGACCCCUGCCCCAAGGCUGUCACACCCAACCAACAGGAGGGGCUGUCUCAGGGUGGCUGCCUGGGGCCCUGGGAGGGACCCAAAGGUUUUUAUAGCCAGGGAUGAAGGCCUCACCAGAUUAAGCCCAAAGAUCUUGCCUGCAGCUGGUGCCCUGGUGGCUCAGCCCCAUCCAAGUUCCAGCCUCACCAGGUCCCGGACCCUCUGCAGUCCCAGCUCCGAUGCCGGCCCACCAUCCCACAGGCAUGAAGGGAGCCCACGUGCUGCUGCUGCUGCUGCUGGGCCUCAGGAUACAGCUCUCCCUCGGAUUCAUCCCAGCUGAGGAGGAAGACCCAGCCUUCUGGAACCACCAGGCAGCCCAGGCUCUGGACACCGCCAAGAAGCUGCAGCCCAUCCAAACAGCCGCCAAGAACCUCAUUCUCUUCCUGGGGGACGGGAUGGGGGUGCCCACAGUGUCAGCAGCUCGGAUACUAAAGGCGCAGAAGAAUGGCAAGCUGGGACCUGAGACCCCCCUGGCCAUGGACAAAUUCCCAUUCCUGGCUCUGGCCAAGACAUACAACGUGGACAGACAAGUGCCGGACAGUGCAGGCACGGCCACAGCCUACCUAUGUGGUGUCAAGACCAACUACCGGACCAUUGGUGUGAGCGCAGCAGCCCGGUACAACCAGUGCAACACAACACAUGGCAACGAGGUCAUCUCCGUGAUGAACCGGGCCAAGAAAGCAGGGAAGUCAGUGGGGGUGGUGACCUCAACGAGGGUGCAGCAUGCCUCGCCAAGCGGCACCUACGCGCACACGGUGAACCGCGAAUGGUACUCGGAUGCAGACAUGCCUGCCCAGGCGCUGAAGGACGGCUGUCGGGACAUCGCCACGCAGCUCAUCACCAACAUGGACAUUGAUGUGAUCCUGGGUGGAGGCCGCAAGUACAUGUUUCCCAGGGGGACCCCAGACCCUGAGUACCCUGGUGAUGCCUCAAAGAGCGGAGUCAGGUUGGACAUGCGGGACCUGGUCCGGGAGUGGCAGGCCAAGCACGAGGGUGCCCGGUAUGUGUGGAACCGAACAGCGCUCAUUCAGGCGUCCCAGGACCCCUCCAUAACACACCUCAUGGGCCUCUUUGAGCCAGGGGACAUGAACUAUGAGGCCAAUCGAGACACCCAGCAGGACCCAAGCCUGAAGGAGAUGACAGAGGCCGCCUUGCGCCUGCUGCGCAGGAACCCCCGGGGCUUCUACCUGUUCGUGGAGGGCGGCCGCAUUGAUCAAGGUCAUCAUGCGGGAAGAGCUUACUAUGCACUGACAGAUGCUGUAGCUUUUGAUGACGCCAUUGACAGGGCCAGCCAGCUCACAAGCGAGAAGGACACCCUGACCCUUGUCACUGCUGACCACUCUCACGUCUUCACUUUUGGUAGCUACCCUCUGCGUGGCAGCUCCAUUUUCGGGUUGGCUCCUGAGAAGGCGAAAGAUGGCAAGGCCUACACCUCCAUCCUUUAUGGCAAUGGCCCCGGCUUCGCAAUCAAUGGGGGCUCCCGUCCCAACGUCAGUGACAGCCAGAGUGGGGACCCCAACUACAAGCAGCAGGCGGCCGUGCCCCUAUCGUCGGAGACCCACGCUGGUGAGGACGUGGCGGUGUUCGCGCGUGGCCCGCAGGCGCACCUGAUGCACGGUGUGCAGGAGCAGAGCAUGGUGGCGCAUGUCAUGGCCUUCGCCGCCUGCCUGGAGCCCUACACCGCCUGCGGCCUGGAGCCCCCUCCCAGCACCAGCAUCCCCGACGCUGCGCACCCAGGACUGUCCACAGGCCCCUCGCUGGCUUUGGUGAUUGGGGCACUGUGGCUGAUACUGCUGGGCUGA